UGGACAACGAUACGAGCCCUGCCUUGUCUUGUUCUCUGACUUCACUGCGUAACGGAACUUCAAGGUUCCGUCUUGUUUUGCUGCUUACAGCAACAGCCUUAGCUCAAGCUUUUGGGCUCACGGGGCUUGUCUCGGGAAAUCUGCUGUUUAUAAUAUUAUACGACCAGAAUGUCCAAACAACAGCUGGCAGUGGAGCGAGCCAGGAAGGCCUUCCGCACUGGCAGGUCAAAACCUCUGGAGUACCGCAUUAUGCAGCUAAAAAACCUCGCGAGGUUGUUUGAGGAGAGAAAGAAGGACAUUGCUGAAGCUCUCAAGAAAGAUCUCAAAAAGAGUGAACAUGGCAUCCCGCUGUACGAAACCCUGGGUCUGGAGGGGGAGAUCAAUUUGGCAGUCAAGAAACUGAAGGAAUGGGCAGCCCCGCGUCCCGUCAACAAGAACCUGCUCACAAUUUCGGAUGAGGUGUAUAUCCACCCCGAGCCCCUGGGGGUCGUACUCAUCAUUGGGGCAUGGAACUAUCCGUGGGCAGUCACCAUACAGCCUCUUAUAGGAGCCAUCGCAGCAGGUAAUGCUGCUGUGAUAAAGCCCUCAGAAGUCAGUGCCCACACGGCUAAACUCAUGGAAGAUCUAUUACCUGUUUAUAUAGAUAAGGAGCUGUAUCCCGUGGUGACCGGAGGUGUCCCAGAGACUCAGGAGCUGCUGAAGCAGCGCUUUGACCACGUCUUCUACACCGGCAACUGCGCUGUGGGGAAGAUUGUGAUGGAGGCCGCCUCUAAGCACCUCACCCCCGUCACCCUCGAGCUCGGCGGGAAGAGCCCCUGCUACAUCGACAAAAACUGCGACCUUACCAUCGCCUGCCGCCGUAUUGCGUGGGGAAAGUACACCAACUGUGGGCAGACGUGCAUCGCUCCCGACUACGUCCUGUGUGACCCCAGCAUCCAGGACAAGGUCAUAGAGGAGAUCAAGAAGAGUGUGAAGGAGUUCUAUACAGAAAACCCCAAGACUUGUCCAGACUAUGGCCGCAUCAUCAACCAGCGGCAUUUCAAGCGAGUGCUGGCGAUGACAGAGGACAGCACAGUAGCUCUGGGAGGAGACAAUGAUGAGUCUGAAUGCUACAUAGCCCCCACCGUUCUGAAGGACGUGAAGCCAGAAUCCAAGGUCAUGCAGGAGGAGAUCUUUGGACCCUUGCUGCCCAUCCUGACGGUGGGAAGUGUGGACGAGGCCAUCGACUUCAUCAAUGACCGGGAGAAGCCCCUUGCUCUCUAUGUGUUCACCCAGGACAAGAAGCUGAUCAAACGCAUGGUAGACGAGACCUCCAGUGGUGGUUUCCUUGCCAAUGACUGUCUCGUUCACUUCUCUGUCAAUGAUUUGCCAUUUGGUGGUGUGGGUAACAGUGGGAUCGGCGCCUACCAUGGCAAGCACAGCUUUGACCAGCUGAGUCACUUGAGGGGUUGUCUCAUCAAGCAGCUGAAAAUGGAGGGGAUGAACAAUAUGCGCUACCCACCCCACACAGAAGACAAGCUGGGCUGGGCACGCUUCUUCAUCCUCAGGCACGAAGCCGUGGUCAAGACCUUUAAGUUUGCCGCGCUGGCUGUGCUGGUGGUCGUCGCUGCCUUCGUGAUCCAGAGAUUCUUAGACUGAUUCAGCAACCAAGAACACGAUCAAGAGUGACUGAUAUCUUCUUCAUCUACCAAGUAAACACUGCUUCUAGUGGCCAUCCAUCAUACUAAACUAUGAUAACUGCACUGGCCUUAAUCUUUGAAGUGACUGAAAGAGGUGGUCAUAUUAACCAUAUAUGCAAAGCUGCUUGUAGAGUAUUACUUUGUAAUGAUUACACAUUAAUCAUUACAGUUAUAUAAUUGAUUUUAUAUGAUUUUAAAUUGGAUUCAAAGCACUUUAAUUUGUGUUAUUUUAAGUCAGCAAGUCAUUCAGCCUUUUAAAAAUGCCUUUGUGUUCUGUUAGAGUAGACUUCUCUAAAUGAAGGAAACUUAAAUGUUGCAAUAUUGUCACUGAUGUACCAUCUUUCUUUAUUUUAAUAUCGCCUCCACUCAAUACUUGGCCUUAUGUUUGGUCUGUUGCAUUCCUAAUAAUGGGUUACAAUGAAUCCCAUUAAACCUAAAUAUGGGCAGACAGUAUGCUAAAGCAGCUAUUCAGUGCAUUGAAGUACCUCAUAAGGGAUUUAAGAAGGUUUUUGCUCAGAUCUGUUCACACAGAGGAAGUAUUUUAAACAGUAAUUGGCGAAGUAGUGUCCAAGGAAGACAGAUGGUAGAAUGUGAAGGAUUAGAGAUGAGUGCUGAAGUUAUAGUUCUGUUUUUGUAUUUACUAUGGUCCAAUAUUGCACCUGCGUUUAGCCAUGACCAAUUGAGUUAUACAUGACCAAUUCAUAUUCACAUUGAAGUAAAUGUGAGUAUGUAGGUAAUGUACUUUUCUAUUCAAUGUUUCUACUUUUUGGCAUUUUUUAUGAGAAUAUUGUGAAAUAUUAAUUAAGCCUUUACAUAUCAACUCUCAGUGUAAACAGAUCUACACAUGGAAAUGUCAUGAUGAGAUUGUAUCUAUUACAAAAUAUUUGUUUGUUUAUUUGCAAAUGAAUAAAUAAUAUUUGCGAGA